AUGGCUGAGGAACAACCACCCCCAUCGCCUGGGAAUAGUGACGAGGAUUGGAAAAUAUUUGAGGCAUUGUGUAUAACACCAGCUAAAGAAAUGGAUGCUGUUGACACUGAUGUGACAACCACUCUGAAGAGUGAAAUAGCUGCUCUGCAAUACAAACGUGAUCGGUUAUCAACUGAGUUGGACGACAUGAAAGGCCAAGUACGUCAGCGUGAACAGCGAGUCAUGGAGCUUCAAAUCGAAGCCGAUGGAUUACGAGAGCAAUCAGCGCGACAAAGUGCUAUAAUUAGUUCGCUGAAGAAAAAAAUACAAGAUUUAGAAGAACAUGAACGUGAUUUACAUGCAAUACAAGGGCGUCAAGAAAUCUCAUUUUCAACGUUACAACGUGAAUGUCGAUACAAUGAGGAUAAAGUUAAAGAAAUGGAAAAGAAAUUACGUGCACUUGAAAUGGAAUUAUCGAGUGAAACACAAAUGAAAGAUGCUGCUCGGAAUCAGUUAAAUGAUUUAUUACGUCGAUUGGCAUCAGCUUUGGGUACAGAUUUUUGUGAAACUGGCCAUGGGCAUGGUUUGUCACCAGAAGCUGUGGUACAUAAAGCUGCUGAAUUAGUACAAGAAACAGCUCGUUUACGAAAUCGUUCAAGUAAUAUGAAUGAUACAUUAGCGAGUGUUGAAAUUGAAUUGCGUUCGUGUCGUGAAGCUUUAGAGCGUGCACAAAAUGAUAAAGAAAAUUUACAAAGGCAAUGUGCGGCACAUCUAUCAGAAGUUGAUCGUUUACGUCAAGAAAAGGAAUGUUUAGAAAUGCAUCAAAGAGUAAUGGAACGUGAAUUGAAUGAUUUGCGUGAAAAAGUUUCAAUAGCAACACGAAGUUUAGGUUCAGCGAGUACUAAUAUAGCACAACAUGAAUCGACAAUAUGCCAAUUAAGAGAGGAUCUAAAAUCCAGAGAAGAGAAAUGUAAACAUUUACAUCAUGAAAUUCGACACUUAAUUGAAGCAUUAGCUGGAAUAAUCAGUUCAUCGGGACGCUAUGUAGAAGCUACUGACGCGUCAAUAAAAGACCGUCUUCGGGAAAUAUUAAAUGAAAACAAGGAUAAAACUGCACACAUCGAAUCGUUAAAGGAAAAAUUAUGUGUGGAAAAUCAACAAAUCAAUCGUCAAAUGGUUGUACAGGAACAAGCAGCGGCUCGAAUACGAGCACUGGAAGAAGAGAAAAAUUGUUUGGAGUCACGUUUAAUGAAAGCUGAAAAUGAAAUUAAAACAUUGGAAAUAUCACGAGAGGGCUUACGGCGUGAUAAAAAUACGUUCAUGUCAUUUUUGGAACGACUUGGUAGAGCAUUAAAUAUGGAUGAAAUAUCACAAGAAAUUGGUGUUGAUCUUCACACGGAAUCAUUGUUAGUGCGUGCCGAACAAUUAUCUCGCCAAGAAAGUGAUAAACUUGUUGAUAAGCUGCUUUGCUGUGGUUAUUAUGGCCAUUUGCCGAGAAUACGACGAGAAAGAUCAUAUCCAGAUUUACGAGAAACAUCAGUAGUGUAUCAAUUGCAACGUCGUGUUCGAACACUUCGAGAACAAGUUCAACGUAAAGAUUUACAUUUAGAUUUGUUACGGCGUAAAUUGUCAUUGCAAGAAGAUAAUUUAAAAGUUAAAUGUUUGCUACAGACUGAACGUGACGAAGCCAAUAUACGUGCGAAAAAAUUACAAAAACAAGUGGAUCGUUUACAGCUACAACUGACUGACGCAAAAGCACAGAUUCGAGAUUUAAAUUCACAAUUAGCCGAGGCUGCUGAUUAUAAGAUAACUGCAUUAGAACGUGCAAGAAAAAUUGAUGAAUUACAGAAACGUUUAGUUGAAUCAGAAAUGCUACGCACACGGUACAAUCGUAAAGUUGCUGUUUUAAAGGAUCAGGUACGAACCACAACGGAAACAUCUGAUCAACAGAGAUCAAUGACGGAGCAUACAAUACAAGUGUUACGUGAUGAUUUAGCACGUAUAAAAGAUGAGUUAAAUGAUUGCUCACGACGUGAAGGUCAAUUGCAAAAUUUCAAAACAUCUAUAGCGAAAAUUCUUGGUUGCACACCAGCUUUGCCAGAUUUUGAAAUUAUAUCACGUCUACAAAAGUUGGUGGAUGCACAUCAUGAUUUUACAUUAGUAUCACGUCGAUAUGAUGAUCCAAUAUUACGAUUGACGUCGAGAAGUCCGACGGGUGGGAGUCGAUGUACAAGAACUCCGGAUCGAUCGUUGCGAUAUGAUGAUUCUGGUUAUGCUGACGCACCUGAACUGGAUUUUAUGGACGAUGAUUUGUAUAAAAGACCAAUACGACCAUCAAUUUGA